UCGCUUACCAACAUCGAACACUGCCAGAGCAUCAAAUAUCUGGCCCAAGUUCCCCUGAACCUCACCAUUUCAGACAUUUGAUGAAAUUCCAUGUCUGUCGUUUCUCCGUUUCCCAGUCUCCGCUCUCCCUCGAAACCCCAACAAUUGUCCUUCUUCUCUCCUUUGAAACCAGAAUCCAAGAAAAUCUGCUUCAAAUCUUCCACAGAAUCCAUUCAUCUACAGAACCCAAAUCGUAAAACAGCGAAAUCAUCUCUCCCUUCAAACGUCUCAGCUCAUGAAAACCCCAUUCUCUCCAAUGACUGGGCUCAGCUCGUCCAGAUAUCAAUCGGGUCUGGUGAUUUUCUUCUGGGUUUGUCUGUCCAUGCAUUCCUAGUGAAAUCGGGCUCCCAAAAUGACACCUUCCAAUCAAACAAUCUCAUCAACUUGUAUGUGAAAUUUGGUCGGUUGAGGGAUGCACGGAAGUUGUUCGACGAAAUGUCCGUGAGAAACAAGAUCACGUGGACUACUUUGAUAAAUGGGUAUUCUCAGAUUGACGACAUCGAAUCUGUAUUUCGAGUUGCGAGUGAAAUGCAUCGAUCCGGAGAAAUUUUCAGUGAGCACACGUGCACUGCUGUGUUAGGGUCGUGUCAUGGAUCUCUGAAAUAUCAAAUCCGAGGGGAACAAAUCCAUGCUUUGGUUAUUAAGAGUGGGUUUGAAAUGAAUGUUUUCGUCGGUACUUCUUUGGUUUCAAUGUAUUCCAGAAGUGGGUCGUUGGAUGAUGCAGAGAUGGUGUUUGAGGAUCUGGUCGAUAUCGACAUCCGAUGUUCGAAUUCAAUGAUUUUGGGAUACAGUAAGAUAGGAGAUGUGAGGAACGCACUUUCGGUUUUCCGCGAUUUGCUUGCUUCUGGUUUGGAACCAAAUGAUUAUACAUUCACCAAUGUAAUCAGUGCCUGUGAUGGAGCUAAUGGUCUAGAUGUGGGCCUGCAGUUACAUGGUCUCGCUUUUAAGUAUGGCGUUGUUGGUGAGGUUUCUGUUGGCAAUGCAAUUAUUACAAUGUAUGGGAAACAUGAAUUGGUGAAAGAAGCAGAGAGGAUGUUUUAUGGAAUGAAUGAAAGGAAUUUGGUAUCUUGGACUGCAAUUUUAUCUGCAUAUGUGAAGAAAGGCAAUAGUGAGAAAGCCAUAGAUGGGUUUGUGGAGAUGCUUGGUUUGGGUGUUUGCUUUGAUUCUUCUUGUUUGGCUACUGUUGUUGACGCCUGUUCCAAGUGUAGGAAUCCAGAAUGGGUACUUCAGAUUCAUGGUCUUGUGAUAAAGCUCUGUUACCAUUCGAAUGCCUAUGUGGGCACCGCUUUAAUAGAUAAUUAUGCAAAAUUACACAAUCUAGAGUCUGCAAAACGGGUUUUUGAUGGUCUUUCAGAUCAAAACAUCGCUUCCUUUAAUGCACUUCUUGGUGGAUACAGGCAGAUAAGUGGACAUGAGGAAGAAAAUAUCAUGGUCAUGUUUAAUGAGCUUAGAUUAACUGGAAUCGAACCAGACUCGGCAACUUUAGCACAGUUCCUUAGUUUAUCUGCUGAUCAAGCUUCUAUAGUUAAAGGGAUGUGCCUACAUGCUUAUGCGAUGAAAGCAGGAUUCGAAGAUGAUAUUACUGUCGGUAAUGCUGUAAUCACCAUGUACGCAAAAUGUGGAAGCAUUGAAGAUGCAUGUUGGAUGUUUAGAAACAUGGUCAGCCAUGACACUGUCACUUGGAAUGCCAUGGUUUCGGCAUAUGCUCUUCAUGGGCAAGGAAAGGAAGCUUUGUUGCUGUUUGAGAAAAUGGAUAGAGAAGGAUAUGUACCAGACGAGAUCACCCUUAUGGCUGUUCUACAAGCUUGCAGUUACUCAGGUUUAUACGAAGAUGGGUUCCGCAUAUUCAACAACAUGGAGAAAAGAUACGGGAUCGAACUGGCAAUUGAGCACCAAGCUUGCAUGGUAGAUCUUUUGGGUCGAGCUGGGCGCUUGUCAGAAGCUAUGGAGUUUGUAAAAGGGAGCCAGUUUGCAACCUCACCACUUCUCUGGCGAACACUGGUUAAUGCAUGUAAGCUUCAUGGGGAUUUGAACUUGGGCAGGCUCGCUUCAAAAAGCCUGCUUGACCUGGCGCCAGACGAUGCAGCUUCUUACAUUCUGGUUUCCAACAUGUACGCUAGUGGAGGAAUGUUGGAAGAAUCAGCAAAGGUGAGAGUGAUGAUGAAUGAAAAGAUGGUGAAGAAGGAUGCUGGGUGCAGCUGGAUUGAGAUUGACAACAGGGUUCAUCGGUUCGUAGCAAAUGCAAAAGAUCAUGUGGAGAGUAGAGAGAUCUAUAUGAAAUUGGAGAAAUUAAGUAAUGAGAUGAAAGACAGGGGAUACGUUUCUACCGUCAAUCUUUUGUUGCAGGAUUUGUAGAAAAUUUUGGCUAAUGUAGGAUUUAGAAUGGGAAGCAACUACAUAAUUUGUAAUGGAUGAAAGAUCGGGUGAUGGAGGCUUAAGCAUAGUAAUAUAAAAGAUUUAAGGGUGUUUGGAUGUCAUACAAAAUGUAGAGAACAAAAACAGCCAAUCCACUCCUUUGCAUUUUAUAGAAUGGGAUUGUUGGUCCAGUAAGUCAGUUGAGCUGCCACUGUA